UGAAUCAGUGUGAGAGAGAGAUAAUGAGAGAAGCCAAUUGAUCAAGAAACUCUGCACGUCUUGGUGCUGGUCAACUCUUUCUUUCUGUUCUGAUUUGCUGUUUGAUUCCAUUGUAUAAUGGUCAAACUAGACGACUCUUAAAAAUAUCGAAUCCCCCACGAAAUUUCCGGCGGACUUGUUUUUCGUUCGCAAUCCACUUUGAUGUUUUGUUUCUGUUUUCUUGUUGUUGAAUUGUACAAGCAACCACGGUGUCAGUUGUUUCUUGGCUGGUUCUCUUCCCUCUCCUAAUCAACACGGUCACGCUCCUGAUCUGGCGCGCUUCUUUCUUCGAUAUUUCCUCCUCUCUCAUACCGUAUAUAUCGACUUUUUCCCUCAUCAAAGGACCUUCAUAGACUCUCUCUCUCUCUCUCUCUCUCUCUCUCUCUCUCUCUCUCAUGGCUGCUAAAGAAUACCCUUCACCAAUUCAAGAACAUGGACAUGAAGGAGAAGACGGCUUCGACUACUAUGCAGACGACGUUUCUCCGAGCGGGUGCGGCUGUUUCUGCCUCAAGUGGUGGCGGGGCGGCAGCAGGGCGCACCCUUACGUGCGGCGCGGCGGCGACGGCGAUGAGUCUUGGGCGAUGAGCAAGCUCAAGAAAGCGAGGGAGUUCACAGAAGUCGUGGCGGGGCCGAAGUGGAAGAACUUCAUCAGAAAGGUUGGUGGGUAUUGGAGAUCGGAUAAGAAGAGGAAUAACAACACCAGCAAGUUUGGAUAUGAUGCGGAGAGCUACGCACUCAAUUUCGAUGGAGGUGGUGAUAGAGGAGAGGAAGAUGGCUUGUUGAUGAAGGGUUUCCCUGCUAGGUUUGUGGGCAGUUUCAGGAAUGAUCAGGAGAGACAAGCCGGAAUUGGACCGUCAUGAGAAUGAUAGAGAUUUUCUUUGAAUUUUUUUGCCAAUUAUUUUUUUUAAUGAUAUUUUAUUUUUGAUUUGUUCCUGUGUACACCUCUCAUUGGUUUCAUUAUUUUAGAGGAUAAAUUAUGCUUUUGCAUCCUUAUGCUUUCGCCCUUUUCAAUAACCAGAUAUCUCUACUUUUAUUUGUCUAA